AUGAUUGACAGAAUAAUAGAGAACGUCUACAUUUCGGGUGCUGGAGAUGUUCUGGCUGGUGAUGGAUUACUGAAAUACGAAAUCACUCAUGUUCUUACUGUUUCUGCGAUUGCCGUUCCUAUAAAUCGACGCGUUCCGAGCAUUAAGUACCACUUCAUCUUUAUCAUGGACCUUCCCAAUCAGGACAUACUUGGAGGAGGACAACUGGCAGAAAGUGUAGUCUACAUAAGUGAUGUCUUAAACUCUGGUGGAAGUGUGCUGGUCCACUGUGAAGUUGGCGUGUCGAGAAGUCCGACUGUGGUGGCAGCUUACAUUAUGCAGAAAUUCAAAUUCACCGCCGAGAAAGCUAUUGAACUUAUCAAGAAGUCAAGACCGAUAGUGUGUCCUAAUGAGGGAUUCGCUGCACAGUUGCAAAUUUACGAGCAACUCAACUAUAAAACCGACAAGGCUUCGUUGUCACAGAGUCGCCUAUAUAAGAACUGGGCUAUAUCAUCCGGUAAUUUACCGACACGUGGUUAG